AUGGCGUCCAGCUCACAGUCAAAGUACCAUAUCGGAUUCAAGCAGGGAACAAUCAAGUUGUUCGAACUGCGCAAUGUCUCGACUUGCUUGCAGUACCUGCUCCCGACGCUCAAGUCGCUGCCACCCACCUUCUCCCUCCUGGAUGUCGGCUGCGGUCCAGGCAGCAUAACCCUGGACCUGGCUCGACAUUUUCCCCAGGCCACCAUCAUCGGGGUCGACCAGAGCGCCGAGGUGACGGAGCGCAACCGGGCCAGCGUUGAAGAGCUCGCUCCCGGAACCCGUGUGGACUUCCGCCAGGGCGACGUGCUCAGGCCCGAGACAUUCCUCACCCCGGAGGAGAUGGAGGCCAAGUUCGACGUCGUCCACGAGCACACCACCCUCAUCUGCAUCCCUGAAAACGCCCCAGUACUUAAGCAGAUGCGGCUGUUGGCCAAACCAAACGGCGGUAUUGUCGCAUGUCGCGACGGUGACACCCAGUCGCAGGUGCUUUGGCCACCAUGUCCCGAAAACGCAGAGCUACAAGAGCGUAUCUAUAGAAUGAACGGUCUAGAAACGCAAACUGGCCGUCGCCUGAUUCAGAAAGCUCUGGCUGCUGGGUUCCGAAGGGACCAGAUCACGGCGUCGGCCAGCGUUUUGUCCAACAUCACGCCCGAGGAAAGGUUCGCGUACGCAGGUUCUAUGCUUGACAUCCUCGCCGAUGAAAAUUCUGAAUAUCGCCAAGCUGCCACCAAGUUUGGAUACACGGAAGAGCAGGUUGAGCACCUGCAGCACAAGCGAUAUUUCAGCCGUAUAGACAUGGCGCCGGCAUCCCGUCUGCUCGCAUCAGGCCUCGCCAUAGCCUUGUAUACCAUUGGCGCUCAAGCUGAUGGUACUGGCCUUAUUGGAUGGGGCAAGACGCUUUACGAUCCGACCUGCACCUUUGCCUGUCGUAAUGUCCUCAGGAAGCAGACUCUUGCUUGUACUCCAAGUAGUUCCAGCACAAACCAUGGAACUGCUCACAAUCCCGUUUCGACACCACCCGAUUGCUUUGUCAAAGACCACGCCUUCCUUCUUACCAUGGCCUUAUGCAUCGACACAUACUGCCCGCUAAGCGACAAGCCACCGAUGGCCAAACUGGAGGACUAUUGGGCAGCUCAUCUGGGCACUGGCACUCUGGGUAAUUACAAGUAUGUCCCAGUCAUGUCAUACCAAGAGGCCCUGACCGCCGGUCGGGACGCCGAGUCCAAGGCUGCCCACAACACCAAUUCCUCGUCCUCUGGCUCUGGCGACCACGGGCACAGCAGUCACCGAAGGGCGCCGGCCGUCCGACUAAAUGCUCGUCAUGGAGACAUGGGUUCAGACGACGACUCCGGAGGUUUGGAGGUUUACGAUGUCUCUAGCCCGUUGCCCAAGGCGGCCGGAGGCUCCAAGCCGCUCAACACCACCAGUUUCGUCGACCCUUCCGACUGGCAGCUACAAUGGAAUUACUUGCAUGAUUUCGAGGUCAACGAGGCGACUCACUCUACUGUGACUAUUGUCAUCACCAUCGUCGCUAUUUUCUUACCAGUUGCCCUCUCCCUCCUUCGCUUUAUUCCAGGCUUCACAAAGAGCCGUGCCUGGACUUACUGGCAGUCUUGGCUCAUUCACCCAGUCACCUUUGGCAGGCGUCAUCGCGAACCCAUUGCCGGCGUUGGCAAUAUUCCCACUCGUGGCCAGGCCUUGUACAUUUUUCUCAUUAGUUUCCUCAACAUCAUCCUGUGGCUCGCCCCUUACACCAUUCAUCAGCCCCAGGCCAGCUUCACUUCGCUGAAGAUGCAGAGCGUUAGUAUCAUUGGCAACCGUGCCGGCGUUAUGGCUAUGGGUAACGUUGUUGCCCUUUUCCUCUUUGCAGCCCGCAACAACGUCUUGCUUUACCUUACCGACUGGAGCUACAGUACCUACCUGCUUUUGCAUCGCUGGUUGGCGUACUGGGCUAUCUUUCACACCAUCGUUCACUCCUUCAUGCUGCUGGCCAACUACAUUCUGAAGGGUACCUAUGAGGCUGAGCUGAUCCGCCUGUACUGGAUCUGGGGCAUUGUCGGCACCGUUGCCGUGUGCGCUAUUCUGCUGUCCUCCCUGCUGUGGGUGCGCCAGCGCUUCUACGAGAUCUUUCUGGCUUCGCACAUUGUCUUUUCCCUGCUCUUCAUCAUUGGCUACUACUAUCAUAUUUGGUACGUCUACCAGUACAACUGGGGUUACGAGAUCUGGAUCUUUGUCGCUGGCGGCAUCUGGGGCGCCGAUCGCCUUUUCCGGCUUGUUCGCAGCUUUUUCCAGGGCCUCAAAUGGGCUACCAUCACCACGGUCGACGAUGUUGACGGAGAGUACAUCCGCAUCGAGGUGGAGGGCAAGCGCCUCAAGGGUGGUGUAGUUUACCUCGGCUUCCCGACUCUCACCUGGCGCUUCUGGGAAACCCAUCCAUUUUCUGUGGCUUAUGCCGGAGAUGAUGGCAUCGCCACGAAGCCUCGAACACAGCAUCCGACAGUUCUUAGCUCGAAUCAGGAGAACAAGUCCGUCGCAACGCCCGAAACUAUUGAAACUGACCCCGAAAAGGUCGUGGAAACAUUCCAGGACUCGGACGGCAGCAACACACAAAGAAACACCAACACUACGGUUUUCUACUCUCGCACCCGCAGCGGCAUCACCCGCGCCCUCGCUGCCAAAGCGGCCUCGUCCGUCCGUAUCCGUGUCCUUCUCGAGGGCCCGUACAGCCAUUCGGGGCACAUCUCUCCGCAACUCUCCCACUGCACCGAUAUGAUCUGCAUUGCCGGUGGUGUAGGAAUUACCGCUUGUCUCCCGUUUGUUCGUCACAGCUCAGUCGCGGGAAAUACAACCCUAUUCUGGUCCAGUCGGCACCAAGGUCUUGUUACGGCUCUCGCUCCUGCUAUCGAUAGCCUCCCAAGUAGCGUGAAGGUCGAGACUGUUGUUGGCGAGAGAUUGAAGCUAGAGGCAAUCCUGACCAAAGAGAUGCUCGCGGGUUCUGGUGGUCCGUUAGCUGUUGUCGUAUGCGGGCCUCCGGGCAUGGCGGAUGAGGUGCGCAGUAAGAUUGUAACAUUGGCGAGAACGGAAACAAGAAGCAGACCGUAUGUCCUGGUGGACGAAGCGUUCGCGUGGUAA